AUGGAAAACUGGACUAUAAGCAUGGACAUCCUUCAUUUAGAGGGGUUCAAGGUCCCUCAGGAGUCCUCUGUCCCCGUCUUUAUCCUCCUCAUCUACAUCUUCAUCAUGGUGGCCAACCUGAGUCUGGUGGUGCUGAUCUUCAGGACCAGGAGCCUACAUCAGCCCAUGUACCUGCUCUUCUGUAACCUGAGUAUUAACGAUCUUUUUGGAGCCACGAUAAUAAUACCUCACGUACUCAGAAAUAUUUUCGUCUCGCAGUCGGAGCGAUACAUUCAUUAUAUUCAGUGCGUUGCUCAGGCCUUCUGUGUUCAUCUUUAUGCCACCUGCUCCCACACUGUGCUCAUGAUCAUGGCCUUCGACCGGUACGUGGCCAUCUGUAACCCUCUGCGCUACGCCUCCAUCAUGACCGACAAGAUGGUGAUUAAACUCUCUCUGUCAGCGUGGGGUGUCGCCUCAGUGCUCGUGUCGAUACUUCUGGGCCUCACCAUCCGCCUUUCGCGCUGCAGGUGGGUCAUUUUCAACCCAUACUGCGAUAACGCUUCCCUGUUUAAACUCUCCUGUGAAAGCGUCUUCAUUAAUCAGAUCUACGGUUUGGGCUUCACUGCAGUGCUACUCAGCUCCUCCAUUGGAUUCAUCACUUUCACCUACUUGAGGAUCACUGUGUUGUGUCUGAGCAGCAGAGAUAAAGUUCUGAACAGUAAAGCGCUACAGACCUGCACCACCCACCUCCUGGUGUACAUCUUGCUUCUGGCCUCAGGCUUCAUCAUAGUCACGCUGCAUCGUUUUCCUCAGCUGUCGGACCACAGGAAGAUGUUGGCGGUCAUCAGUGAAGCAGUUCUGCCAUCUCUGAAUGCCAUCAUCUAUGGCCUACAAAUAAAAGAAAUCAAACAGAGGAUAAUCAUUUUGUUUUACAAAAGUAAAUGUGAUCAGCUAUCGUGA